UGGUUUGUAUCGACGUUUUAUAAUUUCAAAAUACGAACAGAAGCGAACCUCCGUUACAAAACACCGCUCGAAUCAAAUUUGGUACUCGGUUUAUACAUAGGCAUUUACUGUAGAAUUAGUCUUGAUGUCGCCGUGAAGAAUCUUUUGCGCAGUGGGGGCUACGCAGCGCUGCUCAGAGAAAUAUGGGUGGAAUUAAAAAAGCGGAGAAACCCUAGAAGAAGUAUAUUUGCAAUUAGGGAUUUUUGCCCAUGAGAGAGAUUUGAGGGUCUGCGAAGAUAACAGUUAGGGUUUUUAGUGGUUUUUAAAAUUAAUUAAAAAAGAAGGAAAAAACAUCUAUCCGGCGGCAAACUCGGACAAGGUCCCUGAUAUGGUGUAAGGGUGAACGUUUUGAAAGGGCUUAUAAAUUAUAUAAGUAUUUGUGAUACAUGCAGUCAUAUAUUUUACUUUACUCUUGCAUUCCUCAAGUGCAAGGGCUCGGCACUAAGAUGAAGCCGCUGAUUCGAUUAAAACAACUUAUUUCUAUUUCUGAAAUUUUUAAGCCUUUUCAAGGGUAAUCCGGAUCCGACUGCAUUUCUGAUUACGAUGUGUCUCUUUCAGCGGAUCUACUUCCUUGUCUUCCGGCUUGUUAUCCAAGACCAACGUUUUUUUCUUUUUAGUUUUCAUAAUUUAUUUCUCUUUUUAGGGUCCUCUGCUUUGUUACAUUUUGUUCAAAGAUAACAGAAAAGGUGACCCAUCUGUUACAUACCCUCUUUUUAGGGUCCUCUGCUUUGCUACGUUUUGUUCAAAGAUAAUAGAAAAGGUGACCCAUCUGUUACGUACCCAUAAGAACAAUAACCUCUGCAACUAAAAUUACUCCCUCAUGGUUCUCUGUCUAAAUAAAGCCCUGCACUACAUAGCUAGUCCUCCAUGAAGCAUCUUCACAAGUCUAGUUUUGCAAUUUUGAUUACUCGAAAUUUUCUUUAUUUUGCAGACUCAUUGGCAUGGAAUGCGCAAAAUUCUUAAACUUGUGCACUUCGUCUGUGGGUUGGUAUGGUUUCACAUGCUUUAAAUACCAAGAUGGUCAUGGGCAAACCCUCCUUUUUAGCAAUUUCUGAGCUACGGAUAAAGAUUCUGAAAUUUUCAUUCAAGGAAAAGACCAGGCCUUUGAACUACGACUACACUAGUCUGCAUGGAAAAGCAAUAGAAUCCAAAGGGUCUUUGCUCUGAAUCAUUGACGAGGUGGAGGCACAUAAUAAUGCAUGAACAACUUGUUGGCGAUAUAAAUUGGGUUUCACAAUCUUAAAGAAUGCUCUUAAGACCUAAACCUCUGGACUUAGGUAGCUUUAGAUCAGUAAUGGAAGACUUAUGAUUAGACUAUGGGCAAUUUUGGGCCAAUUAACAAAAGUGGUCAAUUCUUCUACACUUUUGGCUCUGUACAUUCAAGCAGGGUACUCCCGAAAUUCAUUAGAGGACAGUUUAGGAAAAAUGAAAAGCAAACUAGGUCACACAGCUUACACACAACCUGUGUAUAAAGAUAUCCCAAAGAAUUGUCGCUAAAUAAUAUUUAGUGGUCCUGAAGAUGCAAAGAUCUCUUAACGAAGCAGAUUGUUAUAAGGUUAUAUAUGCGACUAAAGAUGCAAACAAGACUCAUAUCCCCAAAAGUGAUUUCGUUCAUAGAGUUAUACAGAACAUAUGAUCUUUGAAAACCCAUAAAUGCAUAACUGUCUAAUGAUGACUGAUAUGUGAAAGCUCCUAAAAUAUAUUGCAGAGAGUAAUAUUAUUGGAUUAUGUAGACCAGUAGGAGACUAAGUAACUAAUCGUACAAAGGAGAAAUGAUAUAUUUCAAAUAUGGAAGGAUCACUGUUGAAAGUUCUCACACGUGCAGUCUUAGCCCAUUAGCAAUAUGUAAAUCAACAUAAAAUAGAGAACCAGAAAUGCAUUUUAGAUUCCCAUUAUAUAACUAAGUUGAGUGAUGGUUUGUUGGCCCGGCUGCCUUAACUACAAUUCUAUCUAAAUGCACUUCACAAAAUAUUAGAAACUUCACAUAACCGAAUCUACUUUAACUAUCCAUAGCCAAUUAAGGAGACCUCAUAUGCUAUAAUGAAAGAAUCUUUAAAGACUCAAUAAUAUUUACAACCUCCACGUUAGUCAACUAAUCAAAGACAACAAUAAAUUAGAAAACGGAGCCUAGAGAUGUUUACCUAUCUCCUGAAAUUCUCAGCUAACCAUGGAGACGUUCAGAUCAUGGGGGGGAUUUUUGUAUGCAAGCACCUUCUCCAGAUUUUACAGAUGUGAGACAAAAAAAUCAAACUUCUAAAGAUUGACAUAUAAGAACAUAUGAGACCAAAGGAUGCACACAACCGAUUUUAAUAGAGAAAGAUCUAGCCAUAAUUUGAUAAAGAAAAGCUAUAUUUAUAGCUUAUUGAUUCUGCCCUAAUUCUGAUAAGUAUCUGAUAUUUGUCUUAACGAGGCAUCACUUCUUUUCUUUUCUUUCAGGUACACUGUUCCUUUAUUAAAUCAAGAAAAGCUACAUUUAAACCUUCUGCACAAGGCAUCACUUCUUUUCUUUCAGAGCAUCUUUCUACUAGAAGGCUGGAUACCUCCAUAUUUCAAAAAGGCACAAUUUUUGCUCCUUGCUGCUUGCUCUUCUUGUGUUUAAAUUUGGAAGGUUUAACUUUCUGAAAUUUUGGAUCAUUGCUUUGAAGAACUAGGCAGUCAUGGAGAAUUUGAGACCUAAAAUAAAGCUGAAGGCUGUGUUUAAAAGCAAAGCAACAGAGAAUGGUCAAUUAGGGGUAACAUCAGAAUCAUUGCCAGGUUACAUGGUUUCUAAUACAACUUCAGAGCAUGGAAAUGGCUCCUUUCCAAUUUUAACUGGAAGGUUCAAAAGGAAGCAAGCACAAAGACAUGGGUAUAGGAGAGAGGAGCAAAAAUAUGAGACUUCUCCUGCUAAGCUCUUUCAUGUUCCAUCUGAUCAUGUAGAGGAAGAAGAUUUUUCAGACUAUAAUAACAGUGAAGACAGGGAGGAAGGUGAAGAAGAUUUAAGAACAGGCAAUGGAACACACUGUUUGCUGGACUGCUAUAAUGCAGCUUCAAAGCUAGAAGAGGUGAGAAACACAGAACGAGUUCAGUACAGACAAGGAAGUUUGAGAGUCAAGUUUAAGCCAUCAAAAUUCAGGAAAAUAUCUUCUAAUUGUAUGGAAAACCAACGGACAUAUAUUGAUGAUGGAAAUAAUUCUGUAUCAGCAUUUUCAGCUCAGAAAGAUCAGAGUCCAUAUGUAGAAUCAAGAAGUGAAUAUUACAAUUUAUCUUCAACACCUGACAUGCAUGCUGCCAGGUCAGAAUGGUUUGCUGCAAAGCUAGGCAGUUCACAACAGAAGCCCUUGAGAUCUGUUGUCAGGCUAAGUACUCCAAGGAAAAUGAGGUCUGACAGAUCAAGUGAAAGGUCAAGCAGCCCGCAACAAAGUGAACAUGUUGAGUCUGUUUGGAAAUCAGAAAAUCAACGAAUUAAGGCAUUGGCAAUACCAGAAGGACGACUUAAGAAAGAUGGAAGAGAUUUUUUUCCUGCUGAAAAGGGAGGAGGUUUCAUGUCCCAGUCUGUCAAAGAAGAAUUGGAGGCUGCAUUGAUGGUUUUGAAGAAGAUCAUGAAAAUGGAAGCAGCAGAGCCUUUUAAUACUCCAGUGGAUCCAGUUUCUCUUGGAAUUCCUGAUUAUUUUGAUGUUAUUGACAUGCCAAUGGAUCUGGGCACCAUAUGCAAUGCAUUGCAAAAAGGCAAAAAAUAUAAAACUUCUAAAGAUGUUUUCCAUGACGUUCAGCUUGUUUGGGACAAUUGUGUCAAAUACAAUCAUAAAGGUGAUCCUAUUUUGGAGCUUAUGAAAAGGGUGAAGAAGAAUUUUACCAAGUACUGGACUGCAGCAGGCUUAUAUUAUGAAUCAGCAAAGAGGUCAGGCAUACCAUUGUCUGGUAAAGUUAAUAGUUUGUCGAAUAUUGAGGAUGGUGACAGAAUGACAGAAUAUGAGCAUACAUGUCUGGCUGCUGAUAUCAGUGAUAAAAAUAUCAAUGAAUCUAAAACAGAGAAAGUGAUUAAUAUCCCUGAGGUGUCACAAAAUGUAAAUACAAACACUGGGAAUAUGGAUAUUCAAAGAAGUCCCCAGCAUGAUGCCUUUGAAAAAAUGGAAAUGCCUCGCAGUAGUGAUGAUUCAGGAUACCAAAGGUCUCAGAUGGAUGAUAUGAUCAAGAAAAAGGGAAUAAAGUUUGUGAUAAAAAAUCCAAUGUCUGUACAGUUUUCUGAAGAAAACACAAGCAUUGGAAGGAAUGCCAUCCCAGAAUGCAUAUCAGUUGGCUCAGACUUGGAAAACUCACACAAAGGGAUGGAUGAUGAAUUCGGACCAAAGCUAGUGGAUUCUGAUACAUUUUCCCCCGAAGGAACACAGCAGAAGGAUCUAGGCUUUAAAAUGAGGUCACACCGUUGGCAGAGAAGUCAUCGUCAUAGGUCUGGCUGUCUAUGUGCAGUAUGCGUCGCUACACGGCGUAAACUUGCACGCAAAGAAAAUGCUCCAUUGGUGAACAUACAAAGUACAAGAAUCAAUGAGAAUGCUUCACAUACAUUGAAAGAGCAGCCACUUAAGAUCGAAGAGGGAAGAGAAAUGGACAAGGCACAAGAACCGAAGGAAGUUGAUGGAUGCAUAGAAAGGUUGGAAGAAAGAUCUGCGAAAGAGGUUCUAGAAGCACACAAAGACAAAGAGCGGCUGCAAGAAAAAAAGGGGCAAAUUGGAGAAGAUUUGGAAAAGGAGUCAUCUGGGAAGUACUUUUCUGCAGAUAUCAACUUUCCUCUGCAAAACACAAGCCCCUCAAUUUCAAAAAUGGGCAUGGUUCUUUUUGGGACAUGGAACUGGCCUCAUUCAUUAACUUACCGUCCACCCAGACAAUGUGCAGAUAAUCCUAUUAUGGAUGUAAUAUCAUCAUUUACAGAUUAGGUGGUCUCCUUCAUACCCCCAGAUUGGAAGAUUUUCAACCUAAAUGUGCAACUAAAGUAUUUAACGCUUAAGAUAAUGGCAAGUUACAUGCAGCCACUCCCUGUUCUGAAAAAGCAUGGUAAUGUGAAGCAUCACACAUUGUAUCAGUUUAUGUGUGCAAGGUGGUCUGUGAUCUUUAAAAUGAAGUUCGUUGUUAAACUGCCAAGACAAUGCAAAAUGUGGUGGCUGUAUAUGUCUUACUGCUAUACAAAUCUGAGAGGUAUACUUUUUAUGAUUUUGAGGCAAUACAUAUAACGCCUAUUUUGGAAUCGAAGGGUGAUCAAGUUCAAAGGCAUGUCAGUGGUUAUGAAUGACAGCAAAGCACCGACAAUGUUGUACGUUUUACUUUCUAGAACCAGGAAAUAGCUGCUUACCGUGAAUACUAGGUCCAACAAAGAAUUCUUAUUCGAGAAAAUGAACAAGGCGCUUAUGCUCAAUUUAGUCAACGGGAAAUAAAUGGCUGAUGAUGAGGUUGCCAGUUAUAAUGCUUUACAAGUCUAUUUGUAUAUGCAGUUAAUUCUUUGGCCAACUGGCUCGACGAACUUUAUUGAUUGUUUAGCAUUGAAUUUGAUGAUUAUGAAUCCAAUUUUA